CGUACCUGGCCAAACUAAAAUCGACGCCAUCUUGUCUUGAAACGUACGACUACAUUUUUAAGAAGCAUCAGUUUAUCCUGUAAAGAAAGAAAAUGAGUGACGAUCAAAUUGAUAUAAAACUUGAGGAAAAUACACAUUCAGAAAGAAAACGCGACAAAGACAGAAAAAGAUCCCGUUCACCUCGUCGAAGAUCAAGAAGCAGAGAUCGCGAUCGCAAAAGGUCUAGGUCAAGAGAUCGUAAAAUUAAAAGAUCCCGGAGUCGAUCACCAAAGAAAACAAGAAAGAAGAGACCCUACAAAUAUUGGGAUAUUCCACCUCCUGGCUAUGAACAUAUAUCACCAGCACAGUAUAAAGCUAUGCAAGCUUCUGGCCAGAUUCCGGCAGAGCCUACCACUGCCCCUGCAGUUGGGCCUACUAGUGCUGAUGCCAGUGUCAAUUAUGCUGGCAGCUCCCUCAGCCGUCAAGCUCGCAGGUUAUAUGUGGGCGGUAUUCCAUUUGGGAUGACUGAUGAAGCUAUGAUGGACUUUUUCAACCACCAAAUGCGUAUUACAGGUCUUGCUCAAGCAGAGGGUAACCCUGUAAUAGCAGUUCAAAUUAAUUUAGACAAAAACUUUGCUUUUCUUGAGUUUCGGUCUGUGGAUGAGACUACACAAGCUCUUGCAUUUGAUGGUAUUAGUUUUCAAGGACAACCCCUCAAAAUAAGAAGACCAAGUGAUUACAAGCCUCUUCCUGGCAUGGCUGAAAAUCCUACUUUAGCUGUACCAGGUGUUGUAUCAACAGUUGUCCAAGAUUCUGCACACAAAAUAUUUAUUGGAGGGUUGCCAAGUUAUUUAAAUGAAGAUCAGGUAAAAGAGUUACUGGUUUCAUUUGGACCUCUCAGUGCAUUUAAUCUUGUCAAGGAUAGUGCAACUGGUCUUACCAAGGGAUUUGCUUUUUGCGAGUAUGCUGAUGUUUCUGUUACAGAUCAGGCUUGUGCAGGACUCAAUGGCAUGCAACUGGGAGAUAAAAAACUUAUUGUACAAAGAGCAAGCGUAGGAGCAAAGAAUGCUCAACAGCAAGCUCCAGUCCAGCUUCAAGUUCCAGGUCUGAACUUGAAUCAAGGAGCUGGACCAGCCACAGAAGUCUUGUGUCUGAUGAACAUGAUCACACCUGAAGAGCUGGUUGAUGAGGAAGAAUAUGAAGACAUUGUUGAAGAUGUUAAAGAAGAAUGUGGAAAGUAUGGUGUAGUCAUGAGCUUGGAAAUCCCUCGUCCAAUUAAAGGCGUUGAGGUCCCAGGUGUUGGCAAGAUUUUUGUGGAGUUCAAUUCAAUAAUAGAGUGUCAGAAAGCUCAAGCAGCACUUACUGGAAGGAAGUUCUCCAAUCGUGUGGUUGUUACAUCCUAUUAUGAUCCAGAUCGUUACCAUAGAAGGGAGUUUUAAAUUUGGGCAAUCAAGCUUCUAACACAUAGUUAACCAACGCUAAGCCACCAAGUUUAGGUAUUCAUCCCAAAUUUUAUUACCAAAAAGACAAUUCUAUUUCAUAAUUAUUGUCAUUUUUUGAAAGCAAUUUGUUUUUAGUUGUCUUUUUUGCAAAGCACUAUUUUAACUUUGUUUUUAAAUGUCAGUGUUAAGGUAAUAAAAAAUCAAAAUGAUGAAAUUAGGUGAAUCAAAAUUUAGGAUCACGUUCCCUAUAACCAGAAAGUAUCCAUUUUAUUUGAUAUUAGGCUUUAUAGUGUAUUUUCCUAAAGUUUAGAGUUGGCACUUUUAAAAGUGGAUUACAACUUAACUGAAAAAUUCAUGUCAUGAGAAUUUUAUUUAAAAUGUUCUUUGCUAGGUAAAGUUUAAUGCAUUCCUGCUUGUUAAUGUUUUUUUUUUUUUGUUGGUUAGACAUGAAUGCAUAGGCUACUCAUAAAAUCUAAUAGGCUGAUGGACAUAACAAACUUGAUAGUUAAACUUAAGCAGUAUUUAAAUUUAACACAAUAAACCUUUGCAGCAGAUGUAUAGUAUUCAGAUUAUGAUCAAAGACCAGUUCAAUACACUUAAUGUUUUAGGUGGUUCAUUUUUUUCCUCCUUUCAAAUCUUUGGUCAAGGUAGCAUAUUUUAUUCCAAAACAUUGUCUAUGUAAUACAUAUUUUUUAAACCAGUUUGAUGGCAACUAACAUAGAUGUUUGACAGAAUAACAGAAUUGUUGAGCACAAGUGUGUGAGAAUGUGGGUAUGUUUGUCAGUGGUUGCAUAGCAACCAGUCUACAAGAUUUAGGCAAUCUUAUUUUGUCCAUCUAGUGCAUAAUUGUCAUGUAAGCUAAAAAAAAUAAAGUAAGUUGAAUAUUAUAUAGUGUU